CCAAUGUUAUGGGAACUGCAAUGUUGAUAAGCAACAUUGUAUUAUUUUUCUGUUUCCCUAUACGAAGAUAUUCCGGCCAAAUCAAAUGAUAAAACGCAUCAUGACGGAUGUAGAUGUAAAAGCUGGCAUUCAACAUAUCUUGAAAAGGGUCGAAGUGGCCUUUGAACAACGGCCCAAGGAACUGAAAGGUGAAAAACCUUUAUUGGUUGCUGUUAGUAAAACCAAGCCAGUGGAAAUGAUCAUCGAUGCCUAUUCUGUGGGUCAACGUCAUUUCGGUGAAAACUAUGUUCAGGAGCUGGUAGAAAAGAGUCAACAUCCUGAUAUUUUAGCUCAGUGUCCCGAUAUAAAAUGGCAUUUUAUUGGCCAUCUGCAGUCAAACAAAAUAAACAAGAUAAUAAAACUACCCAAUAUGCACAUGGUCCAAACAGUGGAUAGUGAAAAAUUGGCCAAUAGUCUAAAUUCAGCUUGGCAAAAAUACGAAAAGGAAAAUAAACAACCUCUCAGUAUACUCAUACAGAUUAAUACAAGUGGAGAGGAAGCCAAAAAUGGCAUAGAACCAGCUGCAGCCCCAAAACUUUAUAAAUUCAUUAAGGAGAAUCUAAAGGAACUUGAUCUAAGGGGUAUUAUGACAAUAGGGGCAUUUGGCCACGACUACUCAAAGGGACCAAAUCCAGAUUUUAUAUCGCUAAUGCAAGUGCACAAACAAAUAUGUGAAGAAAACCAAUUGGAUGAAAAAGAUGUGCAAGUCUCAAUGGGCAUGUCGGAUGAUUUCGAAAGAGCUAUCGACAUGGGCAGCACCAUUGUGCGUGUGGGAAGUUCUAUUUUUGGUUAUCGGGCUAAGAAACCAACUGCUUAAGUCAUCCAUAUAAGCAGGAAAUAGAUCGCUCAAAUAUAUACAUACAAGCAAUCAAAACAUAUCUAUACAUAUUUUUGUAUGUAUAGCCCAAACCCAUUGAUUUGAAAAUGCCAAAUAAUUAUUAUUGUUAUCAUUGUGUUUGUUGAAAAUUUAAUGCGCCUCUAAUUCUAUUUAACUUUCUCCAUUUUCUUUUUGUUUUUUCUUGCGCUUAUUUUGAAAGUAGACGCGAGCUAUUUGGUUUGCUAACACUGCAUAUACUAUGGAUGUCUGUACAUAUAUCUGUACAAAUAUAUCUCAUGUCUAAAAGAA